CAGAGCCCGCGGUACAUUUGGGAGGGAGGAGCUCCUGUUACUCCAUAUUCAUUAGAGCUAAGGAGGCAGCCUUCGGUAUCCCGCUGCGCUUGUCGAUAUAAAGAGACGCCUCGGGUUACUCCAAGACAAGACAAAUUAAGAGUCACCAUAAAAAAGAAAGAAAGCAAGAAAGAAAGAAAGAAAAAAAUUCACAGUAUCACUGUUGAUACCAGACAUCUACACCUACAAUUGAACUCGAGGGCUUUGGAUCAACCUUAGGUCUCCAUGAUUAUGGAAUUUCUUAAUGAGAAGUUUGCAGUGAAGAACCACGGCGUUAAAAGCGCAGAUUUUUACGUGGGAUCGGGAAGCACGUUGGAGCAAGUUAUGGAAAGUAUGGAGAGCGUGCCGUUUUACAGCAAAGCGUCGGCCAAGUGCAUCCAAGCAUUUAAUCUGCAAGGCGGUGAGCAGCAGGGGCGAACAUCUCCAUGUGAUGAUCAAAACGUUGUCGCAAAUUUCGGCCCUUCGAAAUCCGACGGACACGCACAGCGCUCCGACCUUGCCAGAUCCAUGGAAAACUGCUGCUCCUUAAGCGUGUCGCCUGUUACUUCAGGCAAUCAAGACAAAGUAGAAAUGGAUGACAUGGCGGAGAAGUGUGACAGCAACGUUUCCAGCAGCAAGAAGAGGAGGCACAGGACAACCUUCACAAGCGUGCAGCUCGAGGAACUCGAGAAAGUCUUCCAGAAGACGCAUUACCCAGAUGUGUACGUGAGGGAGCAGCUGGCGAUGAGGACGGAGCUCACCGAAGCUCGAGUGCAGGUUUGGUUUCAAAACAGAAGGGCGAAAUGGAGAAAAAGAGAACGUUACGGUCAGAUCCAGCAAGCAAAAAGUCACUUUGCGGCCACAUACGACAUCUCAGUCCUGCCAAGAGCGGACAGCUACUCGCAGAUUCCGAACAAUUUGUGGACUGGCGGACCCACCUCAAACAGCUCUGUGGUUUCCUCCUGUAUGAUCGCUCGGGACUCCUCCCCCUGUGUGACGUCAUACCCCCACUCCCCGCGGAGCGAGAGCUACGUGGGAUUCGGCAACCAGCAGAACCAAUUUGCUCAUGUCUCCCUCAAUAACUUCUUCACAGACUCUUUGCUCUCGGCGACUCCAAAUGGACACGCCUUUGAAGCAAAGCCCGAAUUUGAAAGGAGGUCUUCUAGUAUCGCUGUCCUUCGAAUGAAAGCCAAGGAGCACGCUGCCAACAUCUCGUGGGCCAUAUGAGCACGUGAACUUGUUCAUGAUUAUCUGAGCUGCAUUUUGUUUGCUCAGUUUUUAUUGUUAAUCGUUAAGAGUGUGGUUGCAUUUUUGGAACUAUGCAAUGAAGAUUCACAAGGCAAACUGCAUAGCUAAAAGUCGCUUUGAUUAAAAGCUGAAAUAUAUCAUUUAUCGUGUGUUAAACACAAAUUACCAACUUGGUUUUCAGAAUUUUAUGUAUUUUUUUAUAAAGUGAAAAGUUUCAAAUAAUUAUAUGCAUACUAGUUGCAUUAGGGUUAUCAUAUUUUUACUAUCUGUUAUUAUUUUGUUUACAAUUUAUGACUGUUUAGUUGAGGGUACUUUGAACUUGUCUGCUUUGUAACAAAGCAUCAUUUUUCUAUAUCAUUAAAUUGUUACUUUUUUUCCACAGCAUUUUGAUGGGUUUGACUUUUCCUCUUUUUAAAAAAAGAAGCCACAAUCCACUUUCACAAGAGCGUUUACUCCUUUUCAUUAGUUCCAUCCAUUUUCUGAACCUAAUUCUUCAUAGUUAGAAUGCUGCCAGAGCUAUAUUCUGAAAAAGAAAAAAAAAACAGGUAAAAGGCAAA